AUAAGGUAUGGCAGUCGCGUCGAACACAGGGCGAGAGUGGGCGACCUCAUAUAGCUUGCGCGGGAGGUGUUUCCUUUAUUUGUUGUUGGUACUCGGCGUGACAGUGACGUGCCACGGGACAACAUGCGUAUAUUACUGAUAUGUAUGCUGUGCGCAGUCACAGUUUUAGCGCAAUAUGAUUCGCCCACACCACAAAGAUUGCAAAUACCCGGAGCAAUUCCGGUUGGCGGUCCUACAAGACAGGGAGGCUUCAGACAAGCAAGAAUACAAGCUCCAGUACCUGGAGUUAGUAACAGAAUAAGAAGACCUCUAGGAAGGCCAUCAUUUAAAUCUGUAGAUGCUUCACCGCGACCUAGUCUUCAGUCACUUGAUGAACCAUCUAAACCCGUUACCGAAGAACCAGAAGAAGAUCUGGAAAUCAAUACUCCUACUGCAUUCUCACCCAAUAUUUUUUCAACAUCUGAACAACAAAACGACUUCUUUGAUAUUAUAACCACAACAUCUCAACCAAAACCACCGAUUGUUUUUAAUCCAGCACCAUUCCCACAAUCAACACCAUCAGUGCCAAGACCAGAGCCCAUUAGGCCAACACAAUACAGGCCUUUACUAGCACCACAACCAUUUAACCCUGUAAGAAAUGAAGCACCCAAGCCCCAGCCGGUAAGGCUGCAACCCCUUUCGAGUAGGCCUCAACGUCCUGUUUUCAGACCAGAGCCGAAACCAUUUAUUGAAGAAGAAGAACAAAUCCAGCCUGUAAGGCAAUAUACACGACCACAAGAACCGAUCAAUCGUGCUCCAGUAAAAAGCGCACCUCAAAAAUAUAGUCCAUCGAAUCCACGUGAAAAGAAACCUGUUGCGCAAAUUAUUCGAAAAUACAGAGACGAAAACGAAGAUGGAAGUAUUACGUGGGGCUUCGAAAAUGACGACGGCUCUUUCAAAGAAGAAACCAUCGGAGUGGACUGCAUAACACGUGGUAAAUACGGAUAUGUUGACCCUGACGGUUUAAAACGUGAAUACAAUUAUGAAACUGGCAUAGCUUGCGAUAAAACCAAAGAACAACAAGAAGAAAAGGGUUUUAUAGAUUAUCAAGAAAAUAAAGCGGUACUGCCUAAUGGAAUCACAAUUGAUCUCGCUGCCAUGGGUAAAAAAUCCAAAAGGCCAUUCAGAUCACCUGUUAAUCAUUAGGAUUAAGUAAUUAUAUUUAUUUUAGGAAAAUCUAAUCGUAAGGACAUUUUCGAUAGCUGGUGAUUGAUGUGUCUCGGUGUGUUUAUUAAUAUAACACAGUCAUCGUAGAAGAUGGUUUUUAUGUGCCUCGAUCGAUGAAGAAGUGAAAAUAAAAAAAUAUAAUAAAUAAUAAUAAAUUUUA